CUUGCAGUGAGGCAGGUGAAUGGAAAGUAAGAGACCAAGUCGGCCUCCUGUUUUAAGGACUCAGUUCUAAGAAACAGCCCAGACAGAACACUGAAUCACCAUGAAGAUCAUAACUCCAGAAGCGCAGCGUCUAUACACAGUGCAGUUGUACUCAUCAACGAUCAUGAACCAGACACACAACUCAGGCUUGGACUGUGACUCUAAAGCAGACUUCCAGUUCUACCUCUUCCCUGUUGUCUACUGCUUGGUGAUGGUCCUAGGCCUGCCAGGCAACCUUGGGGCUCUGUGUUUUUUCUUCUUUAAGAGGAAGCAGAGGACGGCCUCGGACGUCUUCAUCAUCAACCUGGCCGUGGCCGACAUGGCGUUCCUGUGCACUCUGCCCUUCCGCAUCCACUACCACUGGCAGCACAACGUCUGGAAAUUGGGCAAACCCACUUGUGUCCUCAGCGGCAUCGUCUUCCACGCCAACAUCUACGCCAGCCUCGUCUUCAUGACCUGCAUCUGCGUUGACCGCUACGUGGCCACCGUGCACCCGCUCGUCUACCUGCGCCUGCGGAACACCCGCUGCACCAUGGCGGUGAGCGCCGCCGUCUGGCUGGUGUACGCGGUCACCACGCUGGCCUUCGUCCUGGCCGGCUUUCCAGAGAGCCAGGAGGACCGGUGCUUCGAGAGCUUCAGCCAGGAGGAGUGGGACAAGCGCCUCGGCGCCUACAGCACCUUCUGCCUGGUGUUCGGCUCGCUGCUGCCCUCGGUGGUCAUCUUGGUGUGCUACCCGCUGGUGGCCCGCCGCAUCACCCACAUUCGGACGAGCACAGCGGGCAAGGCGCGCCGCAUCAUCUACGCCAUCCUGGCCAUUACGCUGCUGUGCUUCCUGCCCUACCACAUGGUCCACCUCCUACACCUGCUGCGGCGCAUGCAUUACAUUCAGAACUGUGCCUUGGCGGACGCCAUCUACAAGGCCCGCCGCGUCACCAUGGCGCUGGUCAGCCUUAACAGCUGUCUGGACCCACUGCUCUACUACUUCAGCACCAACCACUGCAAGUGGAGCAUGCCCAGACUGAGAUGGCUGCAGCCCAGGAGGACCCGUGGGGUCUACUACAUAGGCUCAGACUUCUGAGCCUGACCACUUUCUCUUGGUGUCCGGCCACUUAGACACUUGUCUAUUGUUGGGACAAGUUUAAAAGUCAGGUAGUUCAAGAACCUAGCUAAGAAGACUUGGACCACUUCAUGCCUGACUCAUAGCAGAAAAACAGUGAAAGAUUAAUGGUCAGAAGAAGGGGCAUUUUUCAGUGUAGGUAGUAGAAACAAAAUGUCUCUGUCUGUACAGUACUGUUCAAGUUUACUUAUGUCUCUCUGUUGUGUCUGUCUUUUACUCUGGAGCAGACUGUGUCCU